AUGUUAACCAUCAUAAAGAGCACUCUGGGAGCGGAAUGCUGGUAUUUACAAGAUCGUUGGCUAGAUCUCAUCCUCUGCUUCUUCCUGGCAGGCACCAGGAAUGCGGUAUUAAACACAGAGGCCCGGACUGUAGAGGCAGACGUUCUGAGCCGCCGCUGCGUGAUGAUGCGGCUUGUGGAUUUCUCGUAUGAGCAGUACCAAAAGGCCCUCCGCCAGUCAGCUGGGGCCGUGGUGAUCAUCUUGCCCAAGGCCAUGUCAGCAGUACCGCAAGAUGUUGUCCGGCAAUUCAUGGAGAUAGAGCCAGAAAUGCUGGCCAUGGAAACCAUCGUGCCGGUCUAUUUUGCAGUUGAGGAUGCAGAGCUGCUCUCCAUCUAUGAUCAAACACAGGCUGCUUCUACAUCGCAAGGAACAGCUUCUGCUGCUGAAGUUCUGCUGCACACGGCAACGGCCAAUGGCUUCCAGAUGGUUACAAGUGGGGCUCAGAGCAAGGCUGUCAGUGACUGGCUGAUAACCAGCCUUGAGGGGAGGCUGGCUGCUCUGGGAGGAGACGACCUGCCUACCAUUGUAAUAGUUGCCCAUUAUGAUUCCUUUGGAGUGGCCCCAUGGCUGUCGCAUGGUGCAGACUCCAAUGGCAGUGGCAUCUCUGUGCUACUAGAGCUGGCCCGGCUCUUUUCUCGACUCUACACCUACAAACGUACCCAUGCUGGGUAUAAUCUGUUGUUCUUUGCAUCUGGAGGAGGCAAAUUUAACUAUCAAGGAACCAAGAGGUGGUUGGAAGACAACUUGGAUCACACAGAUUCCAGUUUGCUGCAGGAUAAUGUGGCUUUUGUGCUGUGCCUGGACACGCUGGGCAGAGGGAAAGGUCUUCACCUCCACGUCUCAAAACCUCCGAAGGAGGGGACCCUGCAGCAUGCUUUUCUGAGGGAAUUAGAGAUGGUGGUCGCCAGCCAGUUUCCAGAAGUGAAAUUUUCCAUGGUGCAUAAGAAGAUAAACCUGGCUGAGGACAUGCUGGCAUGGGAGCAUGAACGCUUUGCGAUCCGCCGCCUGCCUGCCUUCACCAUCUCCCACCUGGAGAGCCACCGGGACGGCCUGCGCAACAGCAUCAUGGAUGUGAGGUCACAAGUUGACUCAAAGACUCUUACCCGUAACACCAGGAUCAUUGCGGAGGCCUUGACUCGGGUCAUCUACAACCUAACUGAGAAGGGAGCGCCUGCUGACCUGCAAAUCUUCACAGAGCAGAUGGGGAUUUGUCUAGAACAGCUGGAGUCAGUGAUGGACUGGCUGACCAGUCAGCCCAGAGCUGCCCAGCUUGUAGAUAAAGACAGCACCUUCCUCAACACCUUAGAAUAUUACAUGAGCCGCUAUUUGAAGGAUGUCAAGCAGCAUCACGUGAAGGCUGAUAAACGGGACCCUGAGUUUGUUUUUUACGACCAGUUGAAGCAGGUGAUGAACGCAUACAGGGUCAAACCAGCUAUCUUUGACCUGCUUCUGGCUCUCUGUAUAGCAGCCUACCUCGGAGUUGCCUAUGUUGCGGUCCAGCACUUUGGUCUCCUUUACAAGAUGGUACAAAGAUUAUCCCUUAAAUCCAAGCAGCAGUGAAGUGACAAAUCAUCAAUCUGCGGAGCAGCACUGAGUCACCGGUGAGCCUCGCAGGAGCUUCUGCCUUCCACUGACUCCUGCCAUUUCUCCCUCUCUCCCCUAACCUCCUUGGAGGAAGGAGGAAAACCGAGAUUAGCAGAACUUUCCACUCUUCUGCACCUUUUCAAGGUUUCUCCUCACCUUGCCCACUUUCUUCAUUUUGUGGUGAGGGAGAUGUGCAGAGACUCUGUCAAUGCCUGCAGAUUGUUUAAACACUGUCUGAUUUAAAGCUUCCCCCCCAACAGUGAGUUUCUGUAAGUGCGAAGGUGUUGAACCCGGUUUCUUUCUCAGACAUGUGCCAUAGAGUCAGCUUGGAGACUGAAUCUACAAGACAAAGGGAUGGACAGCUCUGUCCAGCCAACUGGACUCAGAGCACUCGUUUUUAAAAAUGUGCACAUGUAAAUUAAAACAGAAUGAUUAGCACGUUUCAUACUGCACCUCUUCCUUCAGCUUUCUCCCUGGCACCAGGAAGGAGCACUCGGCAAGCAGCGUCUUCAGCAAAUGGUUGAUUGCAUUUUCUUUGGACAGUGCACUUACCUGGCUCUCUUUUGGGGAGUGCACUGUACACGGUCUGGACUGGUAAUCUAAUUGGGAAAUGCAAAAGGGUCAUUAACUAGAUGCCAUAGUAGGAUUCCUUCCAUAGCAUGUUCUGCUCCCUCAGCUGCAGGCUACAUUUGCCCUGCCCCAAUUUCUUUGAAGUUUUAUGCCUUUGAGUUUGAUGCUAUUGCCACUCUGUGCUUAACUCUCAUUUGUGUAUUUUCUUUUCCCUUUUCCCCUGUUCAUAGUUACUGCAGGAUCAGGUCGAAAGCCGCCUUUAUAUUUAAGUCCUUUGAUGGUUAUAUUAAUAAUAUAAGCAGGAACAACCUAGUUCCUGCCGUUAUCUCUGGUUAAUAAUGCAUUCACUUCCAUUUCUUUCUCUUUCCCACUUGUGGUUGGGCAGAUUUUAGCCCUGUUCACCUUCAUCUCAGGGUCUUGUUUAGCAUUUCUCAUCAUUAUUAUUUAUAAAACACUGGUCCUAGCCUAUUAUUGGUAACUUACCAAAGCUCCAUUGUUGCUUCCUUGACGUGCACCCCAGGGUAUGUUUGCAAGGAGACGAGAUGUUAGUGAUUUGUUGUUUUUUUUUUUAAAGAAGGAUUUAUAAAAAUGUCAUUAAAUGUUACUGUUUCCAGGUUGUAGCUAAGAGCACGUUUUACAGCUGGAGCUCACUUGUUCACCAAUGCUUUUGUUCUCAAACAAGAUCUUGCUGCUUCUGUUUGCUAAUAUAUUAGGAUAAAGAAAUUGCACUGUUGCCUACAACUA